UCAAGUUUAAGUUAUAUUUAAUAUUCUUGUACCCAUUUACCCAUUCAUUAUUUUUUUUUCACUUCCUCCUCUUCACCAUUCUUUCAUGAUUCCACCCUUUCUCUGCUUAAUUAAGAUCAAUUCAAAUGCCAUAAGGCUAGAGGGUAUGGGGUUCGUCCCCACCCCCGUCGAGCUCCGUCCCGUCCUCAGCGUCUUGUGCUGGACUUUGGUGACGAUCCUAAAUUGGUGGGCCCCUUCACUUUUAUCGUAUGGGACUUCAAAGGUCACUCCGUCACUCUCGUGGCUAUCACUCUUUUCUUCUGGUUUUUCCGACAUUUUAUCAGCAGCGUUGAAGGAAGGAAGGAAGAGCAGGGAGAAUAGAGGCGAGGGUUUAGGAAGCGCAACUAUGGCUUCGGAGGGUUGUUCGGAUUCGCCGGUGGAGCUGCACACCUUAGAGGGGUAUCGUGGUGUAAAGAGGUCGAGGGUUGUUAAAUAUAUGGCGAGUUUGUCCUAUCUGCCGAUUCUUAAAGCGAAACGUGAAGGGAUGCUCUUUGCUAGAAGUUUCGAUUCAUUGCAAUCUGUGGCGUUGGCCCAUGAUCUCGCCACGUAUCAUCUCCACGGAUUGAGAGCCGUGUACAAUUUUACCGAUGUGAUGAGGUACGCCUUGGAGUUGUCGAAGACCGAUCGUACUGUUGAGGUGGGAAAUCUGGAAAGAUGAAGCUGGAAGAUGACACAGAUGCGCCGGAGAAUAAGAAGAUGAAGUUGGCGUCGUUGGCGUCGUUGGGAGUUGAACGUAAGUUUUUUGGUAUCAUAGAGAUGGAUGAUGGUAAAUUUGCUGUUACGAUGGGGGCCUCGUCGUCAAAAUGUGGUGGAGGUUUUCAAGAAAUGAGGGUCUUGGGGUUUUCAACUUUAUAUAUCUGUUAGUAACAACCCACAUAUAUUAUUGUCUUUCUUUGAUUCGCAAAUUAAGAGGGUUUUUUUUUUUAUUUUUUUCAGAUUGCUCCU